CCCAGCGUCGAACUCUCAACUCCCAUAACACUCCAACCCCAACCCUACACCCCCCUCUCCCACCCCAAACACAACACGACUCACCACCCCCCACCCCACCACCUCCCCCCCCACCGCCCCCCCCAGCCUACCAAACAUCACCCCCCUCACCUCACCCACACCACCCCCAACCCACACCCCCUCCCGCUCACCUCACACCAGCACCCGCACAACCUCCCCACACUCGCUCCCCGCCGCCACUCACCCCUGCCCGACCUCGCCCCCCACUCCACCACCCCCCAGACCACACCCCCCCCGUGCUCUACACCACCACACCGCCCCUACACCCCCCACAACACCCUCCCAUCCGCUCCUCCCCGCUCCCCCACCACCUGACCCCGACCUACCACCCCCCCCGGUCAACCCACCCCAACUCACACCACACCCCUCCCCCCGCCCGAACACCACCACCCCUCACCCGACCCGAUCAACACUCCCCACACACCCACGCUCACCCCCAACUCUCCCUUCCGCCAGCUCCCUCCUCCCCUCGCCCCCCGCUCACCCACACUCCCCCCCCCACGACUCCCCCUCACUCCCCCCCGCUCCCCACCUCCCUGGCACACCAUCGCGCUGCACCUCCUACACCCACACACACCCCCCGCACUAUCGGACUGGUCCUACUACCCCCCCCCCCACCACCCCUCCGCCCCCACCCGCCCCACCCCACCCCUCACCCUCCCGUAGCAAGCUCACCUCCCCCCAUCACCCCCCUACCGUUCCACCUCGCACCACCCGUCCACCACACCCCAAACCUCACCACACUCUCAACCUGCCCCCUCUCUAACCCCCUACACGCCCUCACCACGCCACACCACCCCCCCCACACCAUCACGCUCGUCCGGAAAAAGCCCCUCACCCACCACCCUACUCCCCAGCAGCGCUCAACCACCUCCCCGACUCUUCACUCCCCCCCCACCCCCCCCUCCCGCCCCCCCACCCUUCCAACCCUCAAGCACCCCACCCCCCCCACACCCCCCCCCACCCUUACGGACACACCCUCUCUCUCGUCCCCGAACGUACCCGUCCACGUCCCCCCCGACACCCUCUCCCACCCGUCUUCACGACACCCUCCUCCCGGACCAGUCCCCCACCCUCAUCACACCCCCCUCUCACCACCCAAUCACACCCAGUCCUCACUCCCACUCAACGCCCUGCGCGCCCCCAACCGCUCACACACCCCAACCGCCUCCACUCACACCUCACAGUCACUUCACAUCCCACCCGUCCCCCCCAACGUCCUUUUAACCCCGCCAGUCUCCCGACACUAUCUCUCCCCCCCCCACUCCAACCCUCCCCCACUCCCAACCCUCCCCCCCUCCUACACCACCCCCGACCCCCUUGCCCGUCCCACAACACGCAUAGGUAGUGUCCACCCCCCAGGACAACCCCCCACACCACCCCUCACCCCCGCACUCCCCCCCCCCCAUCUCCCACACCUACUCCCCUCCCCCCACCACUCCCCCAACUCCACCCACCCCCGCGCCCAUCCCACACCCUACCCCACACUCCCACUCCGCCCGCCCCCUCAGUCCUCACCCCCUGUACCCAACGACACCUCCGCACACGAACCCCCACGCACGAUACACUUAUCCCCCCUGCCGCCCCGCCUCACCACCCGCUCACACCCUCUCACACCCCCCCACGCAACCCCCCACGGCCCUCCCCCCACUUUCCCACCACCCACUUACCACCACCCUCACUCACUGCCCCACCAGAGCCAAACACACCCAAACGGCAACCCGAACCAACAACCUCCGCCCGUACCACCCCACUGUCCCCCCCUGCAGCUCCCCCCGCUGCUCUGUCUAUCUUGUAGACUAUACCCUCUCGCUUCCCCGCACAGACCCCAAAAUAUCCCAACUACCUAG